AUGUGGACCCUCAUAUCAUUUUUAUCACUGAUAACAAUAUAUAGGUUAUCAUUACUAACGCAAGCAGCAAAUGGGCCGGUACAAAGACGUUUUGAAUACAAGCAUAGUUUUCGUGCACCUGACUUAGCUUUACGUGAUGGCACUAUACCGUUCUGGACAGUUACUGGUGAUGCAAUAGCUUCCAGUGAACAACUUCGAUUAGCACCAUCUAUGAGGAGUCGAAAGGGACUUGCGUGGAAUAAGCGAGUAAUGGCUGAGUCAGAUCACUUUGAAAUUCAAGUUGCUUUUCGAAUAACUGGACAAGGUCGUAUUGGCGCUGAUGGUAUUGCUGUCUGGUAUACUGCUCAGCAGCCCACUCUCGGUCCUGUGUUUGGAGCAAAUGAUUACUGGACAGGAAUGGGGCUUUUUCUGGAUUCGUUUGAUAAUGAUGCCCAGAAAAAUAAUCCAUUCGUAGCACUAAUGAUUAACGAUGGUACCAGACAGUAUGACCAUCAGACUGAUGGCUCACAACAAAUGCUUUCAGGUUGCCAGAAAGAUUUUCGUAAUAAACCAUAUCCAGUUCAUCUGAAAAUUGAAUACCUUCACAAUGUUCUCACCGUAUCAAUAUCCGAUGGUUUGCAAGCUAAACCUCGUUACGAGUUAUGUAUUCGCGCUGAAAAUAUAUUUUUGCCAAAGAACGGGUUUUUCGGUAUUUCCGCUGCUACAGGUGGUUUAGCAGAUGAUCAUGAUAUUGUUAAAUAUAGCGUAUUUUCAUUAUAUACCGACAGAGGAUCAGUGCCUUCUUCUCUUCCACAAGAGGAAAAACAGAAAUAUGAUGCUGAAUUUGAAAGACAAAUGAAAGAGUAUGAAAAAGAACGACAAAAAUUCAAAGAAGAGCAUCCAGAAAAAGCAAAACUGGAUACAUUGGAUGAAGAAAUCGCUGGAGUAUAUGAAGAUGCAUCGCAGAGAGAAAUGAGGAUGAUUAUUGAAAUGCAAACAAAUAUUCAUCAAAUUCUGCAACAUCUGGAAAAUCGAUUGCAGGAUAUCAGUCAACAGCAAAAUGUUCAAUCUUCAUUGAUUCAACAGUGUGCAACUAGAAGUGAUGGAGCUACGCUUGGUAAACCAGGUGAAGUGGCUCUCGGUGUUGGAGGUUUCCAGCAGCAUGAAAAGAAUGAAGCAUUGCAGUCAUUACGGGAUUUAACAUCUAGUGUCCGGGAUAUGAAGAGCUAUGUAAAUGAAAUAUUUACUCGUACCUAUAAUCUUGAGCAGAAAAUGGGAGAUGGAAGUGCAGUAAGAUCUCCAUCUGGCACUACAGGAGACCCGGCUUUACGAUCUCUCAUUGAAGCAAUACAAAAUGAUGUACGACAAAUUAGAACAACGCAACUUGGAGCACCAAAUGUUCAAAUUGGUGAUUAUUGCACGAACGUUCCCUGUUUAUCGUCAUCAUUUUUCAUGACUAUUAUUUUAGCGCAGAGUACAAUUAUUAUCCUUGCCCUCUGGAUAAGAGGCAAGCCGGAGAAAGCGAAAUUUUAUUAA